CAGUUCAACGACUACAUAUAUUGGACGGAUUGGUACAAGAAAGCGGUGAUGAGAGCAGAUAAGAAAACUGGAAAGAACGUGACAGCCUUGAGAACUGACUUGGAGAUGACGAUGGAGAUAAAAGCAGUAUCGUCCGAGAAGCAGCAUGGCUGGAACCCUUGCAAGGAAGAUAACGGAGGCUGCUCUCAUCUUUGCUUCUUCAGAGAACACGAUUAUAUCUGCGGCUGUCCCGAUGAAGCUGAUUCGAGACCUUGCUCUACUGUGCCGAAGGUCCGCAUCGAUAACAAAAUGCCGUCUCGUUAUCCCUCGUUCUAUGACUAUACGGACAUUGAAGAAGACAACGGCUUGCCUCCACCACCGACCGCAAUACCAGACACCAGCACUGGAGCUAUCAUCAUACUGGUUGCUAUCAUGUGCUUCAUAAUACUCGGCAUUAUCGUUAUUGCAUUCGUUUGUGUGAAAAUGAGUCGAGUCCGCGAUGGUGAUCUAAAGGAGAAUUACCGCGAGUCCGGCGGUCACAUAUCGUUCCACAAUCCUAACUACAGUUGCAGCACUGGCGCUAGCGGCGGCAGCGCUGAGCAGCUCGAACGUCGACCCAAUCGGUUCCAAGGCAUAUUUAAAUACGACAAAAAUCAGGAGCGUGUGACGAACGUGUACAUCCCGGAGGGCACGAGCCUGCUGCCGCCGCCGCCGCCGCCGCCGCGGCCGGCCGCGCGCCCCGCCACGCACGACGACUUCGAGCCGGUCACACUGCACUCAUACGCAUAGACUUGUGCCAACUUUAAUAAUGAUAUCAUCUGCGAAUGUUCAACGGAGCCGCGGCACUAAGCCACGCUAACACCAACUGCUCAGCAGUUAUUUUCUAAUAACGCGUUUCCGACCGUGCGACAUCGACACAAGUCGAUAACGGAACCGCGACUUUGGGAAAUACCUCCUCCAGACAUUCCUCGAUGUGAAUGAUCGACAGUUGCCACGUGCGUCCGAUUCUAAAUAAGUAUACACUAGAUGCGACGCUGCUUGCGUCAAUCCGCAUACCAUCAAUUUGCGUCAUCAGGUUCAUUGAUUGGAUUAUGCUGUGGGAUGGAAAUCCUCGUAGUAAUCCUACGCUGUAAAUACUGUGGCUGUCGGCAUUAGAGUGCUAGAACUGUGUCCACCUGAUGACGAAUUUAUGGUAUCUCGUCCUGACUUGUCCCAUGUGGUUUUCACACAAGUAACUGCCUUUGAGGCAACGAAACCGCA